AGCUUCAUGUGUAAUAAUGAUGCCUCAAUUGCUAAGAGUUUUGCUUCUUACUUAAUUUUGCUUUGUUGUUCUUAUUUUGAGCUGAGAAUCUGGUUUUUUAAAACUAACUUUGAUUUGUUUCUGCAAUAAUUUUUAGGGUAAGCGGUAACAAUUCAACAUUUUUUUUUCCUUUUGAUAGGUGAAGAAUUUAGCAUGUAGCUACCGCAGAGUUUGUGUUGGGGAUUUGGCUGAUGGCUGCAACUGGUUGAUAUUGGUUAAGUUUGGCAUUAGAGCAAUUUAAUGGUUUAGCCCUUGGAUAUCCCAGUGCAAAAUCAUCUAUUAUAAAACAUACAGUUGGAUGUUGGGAUCUUGUGCACACUUUGUAAUGGUUAAUUCUUCAUGGACUCAGUCCCACAUCAAAAAGCUUUGGCGAAUCCCUAACUGUACUAAGCAAGUCUAUCCUCCCUGUGAUACUUCAGCGCUUCAGGUGCUUCCUUUGGAAAGACUGGUUGGAAGGCCAAAGAUUAUGUCUGUUGCUCAAUUUCGUCCUGAGAAGGCACAUAGCCUUCAACUUGGGGAAAGAUUGCUGAAUUUGAAAAACAAAGCAGCAAUACUGAAAAAUAGAUGGGGAUGUCGAAUUCCACAAGAAUUCAAGGGACUUUGGUAAGACUUUCGGGAAGCACUGUUGCUGGAAUCCAUUCAAUGGUAGACAAGCACUUAGGUGUAGUUACUGUAGAAUACAUGGCUGCUGGAGCCAUCCUAAUCGGUUGGCAUUCCAAGUUUCCAACUUCCAGGGACCAACAUUGGACAUUGUUUUGGACAAUGGCAGACAACAAACUGGGUUUCUAGCUCGGAGCCUGGAAGAAUAUGCAGAAGCAAUCCUGCAUGCAGUAAGAACGCCUGAAUCUGAGAGGCUCGGGAUGGCUGCAGCUGCAAGAAAACGUGCUGGCAGAUUUUCGAGCAAAGAUUUUAUGAUGAUUUCAUAGCUGCAAUUAGACCAAUUUUAUGCAGUGAAAUUGUAACAACAGAAAAGCAGCCAUAUAGAGCAUAGUAGUGUUUA